AUCCAUUUUUCAGCCGCUUGACAUUAAACUAGCGCAUGUCGAACACAAUUUUCACAGCAUUUUGUCGAUAAUUUAUAAGAUUUGUUUCUUUUUUGCGUGGAAAAAAUAAUCAUUUUGAAUUCAAAACGUGUAUAUCAGGUGUUAUUUAUACAAGUGAAUCCAAGUAAAUAAAUGAGUUUUAAUGUCAUCGUAAAGUAAACGAAUCAUAAAUCUUACGUGACGUCCUAGAUUUCAUACAACUGUAAUUGUUGGUGUUUGUGUGUGUGUGUCGAUUUUUAUUUUAAAAAACCGUCACAUUGGAAGGCAAAAUUUUUUCGGCGGUGAACAGUUUUCUCACUGCAUCAACAAAGGAAAUAAGGCAGCUAAUGACUCGAAAUAACAAUGAGCGGAAUGCAGCGAACACGGAUUAUGAAAAUAAUAUCGAGCAAGUGGACUCGAUUUCAGAUGCGAGCAGUAUAAUACGGUACACCGAUGGAAGUCAAGAUAUAUCGGUUGAAUCACCGAUUCCAUGCCGCAGUGCUAAUUCAAGUACGGAUGGUGUAUUCUUUUCAUCAUCAUCUGGGCGUAAAGUUAUCGACAAUCGCCGAUUGAUAUCAAAAAGCCAAAUGAAGGAAUUCCGUGAGGCGUUCAGACUGUUUGACAAGGACGGAGAUGGAUCGAUUACCAAAGAAGAAUUGGGAAGUGUUAUGCGCUCAUUGGGACAAUUUGCACGUGUUGAAGAAUUACGCGAUAUGCUUUUGGAAAUUGAUAUUGAUGGCGACGGGAAUGUGAGUUUUGAAGAAUUUGUCGAUAUUCUUAGUAAUAUGACCGAUGCUACCGCCGAAUCUUCAGCUGAUCAAGAAGAACGUGAAUUGCGCGAUGCUUUUCGUGUCUUUGAUAAACACAAUCGAGGAUAUAUUACAGCUUCCGAUUUGCGUGCGGUCUUGCAAUGUUUGGGUGAGGAUCUGGAUGAAGAUGAAAUCGAAGAUAUGAUCAAAGAAGUUGAUGUAGAUGGCGAUGGUAGAAUCGAUUUUUAUGAAUUUGUACAUGCAUUAGGCGAACCAGAGGAUUCACAGGAGAAUGAAGAAGACGAUGAACUAUUUUCACCACUACCAGUAACCAAAUCGAUUACAGUCAACGAUUGUGAUGACAAUCUAUCACAAUAAAAUGGUAUAUCAAUCCAACAAAACAAACAAAUUAUGAGCUCACAGUCUAUUUAACAUAAGAACCAUUUUAAAAACAAUCCCAUUUUGGAAUACAUAUAUAAAUAUUUACUCAAUCGCUUCAUUUGUUUUUCUAAACUUAUUACAUAUCCAACAUCACAAUUCAUAAUCCAUGGUACUUUCAUUUCUUAUCAAUUUGUAAUAGAUCAUCAAAUAUAUUCACUUUAAUCAUUACAA